AUGGUAUACCACUUCAACCUCCCCACCGCAUCCCACCUCUCAUUCCAAAACUACAUUUACUCCUCUACCCACCCCUCCCUCCCUCAAACCGCCUCCACCGCUCGCCACGCCCUCCGCACCGCGCUCAAAACACACAAACGCUUGUCGCCGCGCGAGAGAGAAAACAAUCUACAGGUCGUGCUCAAUGCGCUGAAUGGGUACAUACCGUACUUAUUUGCGAUAAACGAUGGUCUGAGUGGCAGAGGCAUUAAACCCGCCGGCAGCAGCAGCGGCGGCGGAGAGGCAGAAAACAUCGAUAUCACGCUCAAGGAAGAAAUAAGUGUUGAAUGGCGACCCGUGCUUGUAUCAUCGCUUUCGUCAAUACUCAAAUCUGCUGCUGCAACCGGGACAGGCAGUCGUCUGCGAGGCCGCGGAAUUGAUUUCGAGAUUGCAUUUGUGGUUGGGACGCUAGGCUAUGUUCUUUCUAAUAUGGCGCGGGUUUCUGUUUUGAGGAUCUUGUAUGCGUCCACAACGCCUACAGCGGAUCAGAAAGCGGCCGCAAUGCAGAAUGCGACGAAAUUGUUGCUGCAGGCUGGUUCGGCGCAUACAUUGCUUGCGAGAUCGUUCACUAUAUCGGACGACGUUGCGGCGACGACGACGCAGGAGAAUAAUGUGCCACAAACGAAUACAACGGUGCAGACGGCGCUUGCCUCGUUGGCAUUGGCUGAAGCAACCCUCUUGGCUGUGCUGAAAGAUGAUGCGUACACUUUUGCAUGUAUUCAAGCGCGCAAUCCGAAUGAUAAGGAGUGGAUGGUUCGUGCGCCUGAGAUUCCCAAGAUGAGAGCUUUGAUUUUGGCGAGGCUCUGUGUAAGGAGUGCAGAGCACGCUGAGCAAGCACUCAGCGGUCUUGGUUCUGUCGGUGCAAGCCGAAAUGUUGGAACGACAGGAGGACCAGCAAAAAUCGACGAGGAUCUCAUCAAAUACGUCCAGAAUGUAAUAAAAGUCUCCCGCGCAAAGGCAUGUCGGUUUUUUGGCGUUGAUGCGGAGCUGAGCGGUAAAGUGGGUGAAGCGAUCGCCUGGUUGAGGGCAGGGAAAGGUGCAUUGGGGAUAAAAAGGGCCCUUAUACCAGAGGGACAGUCUGCCGGCGGCGGGGGGAAAACGGGCGCACUCUCGAAAUUGAAGAAAGGGUGGUCGGAUCGCCGUGAUGAGAGGCGGUUGGAGAAGAGUAGCAGUAACUCUGGGAGCGCAGGUGUUGUGCAUGGCGAUGAGUUGAGUCGUGGUGAUGAUGCGGGUUGGGAGGAGGAGGGGAGGGUAAUUGAGAUGUUGGAAGCGAAGUGGGUGAAAAUGAACAGUGUUGUAAAUACGCAACUCAUCCCGCCGUCAGAGCCACUCUUGUCCAAUCUUCCCUCUGGAAGAGACAUACAUUCCGCUCCGGCAGCAUAUAAGCCUCCAUCUCUGGAAGAAAGUGAGCUUAUCCGUAUGCGUGCGCCGCCAGAUGAGAUAGAUCAAACAUUGUCUGCAUUGGCGCUGGAGGAUGAUAGCGAGGAUGAAGUUCCUCCAGGAGUUUCUCCAGGAAGUGAAAGGAGCCUUCCUGGAGGCUUCCCUGGCUCGAGAUCUGCGACGGCAGAUAGUGAUUAUUAUUGA